AUGGAUCGUUCGGAUGAAUUCACAUAUUUAUGUAAAAAAUGUGACAAGAAUGUUAGUUUUACAAAAAGGGAAAUAAAAUGUAAGGACGCAUUUCUCAUUAAAAGUAGCAAAAUAUAUACAAGCUUACUUACUAACUGUGAUUACAUAGAUAAUAAUACAUUAGCACAAUAUGGUUUAUUUUUCCGGCGAAGUAAAUAUGUAAGGGAAAAAAAAACAAGGAUUAAAAGUAAGGAUAAUUUACUAUAUGCUGUAAACAGAAUAUCAGAUGAAAUCAAACUUUUAAAACCACAAACAGAAAUACAUAAGCAUGUUUUAAACUGCUUAAACAAUUUGCUAAACAUAUUUAUUGACAUUAUUAAUAAAUAUGAGCAUAACUUAAGUAGUUAUCACUUGAAAUUAAGCAAGUACACAAAUUUUUACUUUUACGAUGUGAAGAAUAUUAAAUACAACUUUGAACAUCUUGACAGACUGAAUUGCUACAUAUAUUCUGCCAGUUCUUGUGAUAGUAAAUUCAAUGAACCCAGUGUUAAUUUUUUUCUCCCUGCUGGUUUCACGUCUCACCAUGUGACGCAGACAAAUUAUGAUCGUUCAAACAAACUUGUUAGUAACAAUGGACAGUGCUCAAAAGACUAUACAGAGGCCCUCUCAAGAGGGGUAAACCAUGUCGAUAGUUACACAAAGGGAGGAAAUGACAAAAAUUACAACUUUGAUGAAAGUGGAAAACAAAUGUUCAUGCCCAAUAAUGAUAAUAUGAAAGAGCCAACUUUAAGAAAACGAAGAGACAAGAAAGUUACAUUCGACACGUACGAUUUUGUAGAAGAAGAGGCGGAAAAAAGUAAAAGGGAAUUCAUAUCAAAUAACGAUAACUAUGGACUAAAUAAUAAUCAACAAUUAGAGUUUAAAAAAUAUGUGGACUUGUUUGAAAAGGAAGAAAAUACAUACAUAAUGGAAACCAAAAAAAAAAUAGCCAAAAUAAGCAACUUAAUGAACAUAUUCGUUACGAAAAUAUAUGAGCAAAAUGAAAACUUGAGUAUGAUUGAACAUGUUGUGGAAGAAAGUAUAGAAAAUGUGUCCCAAGGAAAUAUCUAUUUGAAUAAAAUUCAAAACAAGAAAAGCAUGAACUCGCUCUUAUUUUUUGUUCUUAUAUGUACCUCUAUUUUUUUGUUUAUAUUCGAUUAUUUUAGAUAA